GCUAUGAGAUGGUCAAGCUGAAGGUGAGGUAAAGGUUGUUUAUUCUUAGCAAAAUUCACGAUCUAGCUAUUAAAUUACUAGGGGUUCUAGAAACAAAUCAUGUUUUCUAUAAGUCUUUCAUCAGCCACGAGGGCUUGGUAAAUGUUUGUGGAGAGAGUGGUUUUCUGUUUGAAAUACGGAUUUACGUUAGGGUUUCAUGGAGAAUGAUUUCUUCAGUGCUGGAGACAGAACUCAGUGCCUCACAUACAUUAGGGAAUACUCUACUGCUGAACCGCUGGACCACAUUCCUAUUACAAAAGGGGUUUUCUUUCUUUCUUUCUUUCUUUUUUUCCUUCCUGGUUUUACUUUUAGUGGAUUACAAGAAAGGGAUCUAUUUGAUAUCAUGAUAUUGACAUUCUGUUUCACUUGCUGUUUCCAUUUUAUACACUGCAAGUUCAGUUCCUAAGCAACUCACAUUUGCAAACAUAGCUAUGGAUACACUAUUUGUCUUGACAAUAGUUACCUUGGAAUUUAGAUUUAGUUUUCUAUCUCUACUUCCUUAUUUCUUAAUCAUAUAAAAUAUUUAUAGUAGCAGGUUGAGUUAGAGGGUUUCUAUAUGUCUGUAUUAAUGGUUUGUAGCCUCUAUGAGAAACGAGGGAGUGUGAACGGUCAGGACCUGGUCACUCUGAAUGUGGGAGGGAAGAUACAACAAGACUCUACAGUAAAGCAGUUCCCUACCUCUCGGUUGGUAGGCAUGUUAGAUGGCAGAGACCAAGAGUUCAAGACAAUUGAUGGCCAGAUUUUUGUGGACAGAGAUGAAGCUUUGUUUAGUUUCAUUUUAGAUUUUCUGAAAAAUCAUGAGCUUCUGUUACCCUCUGACUUUUCAGACUAUCUUAGGCUUCAGAGAGAAGCUCCUUUCUAGGAACUUGAUUCUCUUGUUGCCCUCUUAAGCCAGCACCUGCUACAAUCAAGGCCCGCUGUCAUGGAGGUGUAUUUCCUAAACUGAAACACUCAAGCCUUCUUGAGAAUGUUUGGCUCUUGUAGCAAAACAAUUGAGCUGCUAAGUAGGAGGGUUAGGGUUUGUAGAGCAACCUGCAACACUGGCCUGAGCAGUGCGGCCCCUCCUCAGAUGACUUCACUUCCACUGCUACCACAAAGACCUUCUCACCAUGACCUGCUUUCCCAAUGUGGCCCUAUUGAAAACCCCACUGGAGUCAGGUAUUCUGAAUACUGAAGCGACUCUUUUAUUCCAGUUUUCUGACAUUUUCUCUCAAAACUGAAAGUUCUUUAUGCCUAAAACUCCUCUUGGCAAAAAAGUGUUCAUUCAGACUAAUGUUUUGUUCAGCUAGAACAAGUAGUUAUUUUCUAAACUUGGGCACUUUCCGACUAAGAAGGUAUUGUGGGAUAGGUAAUAAACCAAGACUGCCCAGGAAAAAUAGAAACUGGUGUAGUUAUAAGAGGAACUGAUUCUGUAGAUUAUAUUCCAUUGCUAAUGAAUGGCUUAGAAUGAAUCCGUUUAUUUCUGGCUUGCACAUAGGAGAGGUUCCGUGGUAUGACCAGAUUCCCUCACACACUAUGCAUUUGUUCUUUUAGACCUUAAAGACGAUGGCUGCUUUUUUAUUUUUAUUAUUAUUAUUACAAUUUUUUGAGACGAGGUCUAAUUAUGUAGCUGCUCCUGGCCUGGAACCCUCGCCACCUCUAGGAUUGAAAGUGAGCAUCACCACUGCAUUUGUCCCUCUUGUCUUGGCUGGGUCCCAAGGCUGACUUCUGCCCUGUAGUCAGGAACACACUACCUCAUCCCCUGUCAAAAGUGUCUUAAUGCUGUGUAGGAUUAUUACCAACUGUGAAAGCUGUUUUUAACUUUUGGGAGGAAAAAUAACUUUUUUAUCUUCUUUACUAACAGCAUUUAAAAACAAACAUUUUUUUUUGAGAGACAGACAUAUUUUAGAGUUCUUAGACUUUACAGUCUAAGAAGGAGUACAAUGAUUAUUUCUCCCACAACACAUCCCUUAGUCUUAGCUACCAACUGGAGGACAAUGCACAGUGUAGCCAAGUAUGACAAUAAAUCUAUGUACUUACUUAUUUCCUGGUCUCCCAAAGAAGCUGAAAUGUUAUUUUAGAAAUGGGUACCAAUCAAAUAAGCCAUGAAGCACAUCCAAGGUCCUGUUGUUACCAAAUUGCUUUAAUCUCUGUUCUGCAUUUUCACUGGGGGAAAAAGUACUUAAAUAAGAGGAAUAAUAAACUUUUGUUGUCUUAAAUGUCAAUUAAAUGAUAAUGACCUUUUUGGCAUUCCUUUUCAGAAAGUUAGAAACCUGAGGGAAAUGGCAUCCUCAAUUUUUGGAAGACACAUGAUGGGUAAAAAGAUGUCUUGGAAAUACUAAAUGUUCUUUUAAAAUUUAGAUUUUGGAGGAACUAAUUAUAAUCUUAAAAAACAGGGCUAGAAACUGAAAUUGGCCCAUUUGUGUGUAUGCACAUCAAGUGACUCACCCCUUUUUAAUUACAAGUUUCAGAAACAGCAUAGAAUGUUUUUUUGUAACUCUUAAUCUGAGAAAGGCAUAUUUAAUUUUCAUAACAGAUAAUUCUAAGUUCAGAGCUAUUUCUUUAAUUUCUAUUUUUUAGGGUCUCAUGUGGCCCUGGCUCGCCUGGAACUUCUGAUUCACUUGUAUUUGCCUCCUGAAUGCUAAGAUUAUAUACAUGUGUUACCUCACCCAGCUACCAUGUGUUGGUAUAUUUGGUUAAAUUGGGAAUUCUUCUUGUAUUUAAUAGUGCCAAUUUUAGAAUAGAGAUAUAUGAUCUAUUUAAAGUGAUAUGAAAAUAAGUGGUGAUCUGGGCAUAAGUACAUUUGAUAUAUAACUAAUUGGCAAUUAGCUGUAAUUUUUGCUAGUCUUUGGUCUGAAUGGGUCUUUUCGGAUGUUUUUGGAUGGUGGGUAUGGUAGAAUAAGCCUGACUGGCUUCCAGGCUUCUUCGGUGUGUUCUUAGUGGUCCCUGGCUUGCAUCUGUAGAUGCCCACUCAUGUGACAACACAGUACUUAGUUCAAGUUAUGGUCUCAGGAUUCCAGAGUUUCUUUUGUAGCCAUUUUCUGAUUUCUCCUUUUUAGAUUAAACUAGAUGGAAAAGUAUAGUUAACCUUAACCUUUUAAAAGUAAGAUAUGGUGAUGGAACUCACUAGAAGAAACCUUGCCUGGCAUGAACUGGGAGGUCCUGGGUUCUACCUGUAACACUAGAGAGAAGUGUAGGUUUUCUGUUAGGUCACCCUUUCCUUAUGUCUUGAAAUCCCUUUCCAGUUUGGCUUCAUAGGGAAUCAGUUAUAGUAGUUUUGGCUCAAUGGUUUAUUGAAGUACAUUCUACUUUUUUUUUUAAACCACCUGUUACUUUCUUUUUGUAUCUUAAUACUUUCAUGAUAGUCUGUAACUUUCUGACAACUGUUUUUAGUCUAUAUAAUUUAGAUUCAGACUUGGGAAUAGAUGAAGUGCUUUACUACUGUUAAAAAUUUGUAUCAAACACAAUAAACUGUUUUUUGAGAUGUGCUUUGUAA